UCUUCGUUUUUCACCCUUUCCCUCUGCUCUGUCCCAUCGAGCAUCAUCCAGACGGACCGGUGUGUGAACAGCUAUGCAGUCUGUAAAGCAGUCCUUAUUUAUAUCAUAACAGCCUGCAGAAACCUCCGGACCGGGGUCUCUGAGGUGGAUACUGAAGAAAUACAACUCUGAGAAACCAAGAAGGACUGCUUCAAUUUAAGAGAGGAUCAAGGGAAGCCUCCAAAUGAAAGAUCCUGAAGUGUCCGUGAGCAACAAUAGGAUACAGCAAGAGACUGUUUAGAUUAUUUCUGAAAGGAUUUCUUCGGACCGCAUCUUCUUCAGGGAAUUGCAACAGGUGGUUUUGAAGAACUGGCUUCCUGAUUGAAGAACUUUCACGCUAAAGCAAACAUAUAAAAAACAAUUAUGGCCAACUCUGGGUUUCAGCUCCUCGGCUACUUUCUUGCUUUAGGUGGAUGGAUUGGUAUCAUCUCCACCACGGUGCUGCCACAAUGGAAGCAGUCGUCGUACGCCGGGGACGCCAUCAUCAUGGCUGUGGGCUUGUACGAGGGUCUCUGGAUGUCCUGCGCAUCUCAAAGUACAGGCCAGGUGCAGUGCAAGAUCUUUGACUCCUUGCUUUCCCUGGAUGUCCACAUUCAGACAUGUCGAGCCCUGAUGGUGAUCUCGGUGCUGAUGGGAUUUAUCGCCAUCAUUGUGAGCGUCGUGGGAAUGAAGUGUACUAAAGUGGGUGACAACAACCCAUCUACCAAGAGCAAGAUCGCCAUCUCUGGUGGAACCCUAUUUCUGCUCUCAGGUUUGUGCACGGUGGUGGCUGUGUCCUGGUACGCCGCGCAGGUCUCCUACCACUUCUUCGACCCAAAUACACCGCUUAAUGCCAGAUAUGAGUUUGGCCCCGCCCUGUUUGUAGGGUGGGCGGCAGCCAUCUUGACGAUGUUGGGCGGUUCGUUCCUCUGUUGUUCCUGCAUGAAUGAGGACAGAAGAGGACAACAGUUCUACCGGCAAUCUCAGCCCUCUACAGCCAGGGAGGAUGAGUUGUUGAGUGAAACUAGUUUCCCUGACUGACCAACCCUCCCUGCCUUUACUCGAGGACUGUUCAAGCUCCGCCCUCUGUAUCUAUGUUCUUCACUCCCACCUAGAAUCCAAAUUUGGACACUUGUUGUCUCUAUGAUUGGACAAAUGUCUCUACGUUCUUAAAAUCUGUCUGUUUUUCAGCAUUUGACCAAUAAAUGUGUUUGAAAAAUUGUCACCCAAUAUCUGUUGUGUGCUUGACCCAAACACUCGACCCAUGUCUGUGAGUGACCCCAUAAGUCCGCACCCUUACCAAGUCAGCGACGAUGUUUGAAACGAUGGAUGUCCUCUUAGUGCUUCUCUGACUACUUUUUAACUCAAACCUGUUUUGUUUUUCUUUUAAAUUGCAGAGCAAAUGUUAAAAGUUCUCCACCAGACAAAGGGGAGCAGUACUUGUAGUUUGGGAUUGGGCGACUUCGUGGGUCACAAGCUGUUAGAUUUUGGCAACAGACAAGACACUCUCUUUCGGUAAAAAAGCAAGAAAUAAAAGUUAAAUUUAGUCAGAAAACUGACAGCCAGCUGAAAUGCUUCUCUGUAGACAAUGUUAAGAGAUUCAUUAAGCAAAGCAUUUCAGCAACAUCUGUACUGUAGUAAAUAACCUUCAGAAAAGACAAAACUGAUAAGGUCCAGUGAGCCACAACAGUAUUAUUAUAUAGUGUUUGACAAAUAUUUCUUGUGUUAAAGUUGGAGUUUGUUAUACUUGCCGAAAAACGAUAUCACUCAUCUGUAAAGCAUUGAUUCAGGGUACAUUAUAAUGCAUUUAAAUAAUUAUGCAAAUCUUCAACAUUUGCAGUGUAAUAUUUUAAGCUAUAACUGUGUUUUUACUUACAAAUGUCUUUUAGUUUGCUAAUAGAAGUUUGUCAGAAAAAAAAUCUUAUUUUACCCUGGCGUACGUGAGAUGAAUCUUUCACCUGCAUGUGGUAAAAUCCAAUUAUCAUCUUUUAUCCUCGUUCCAUAUUUUUGUUCAUCAAAUGUAUAGAAAACUUUGCUUUGAAAGAGACCCAGAUGUGAAGCAGAACUCUUUGGUGCACUGAUGAUUUGUCUUGGUGAAUUGUAUUCAGCAUGCAUUGAAAGGCACUGUAUCACAAAUCUUGUGUUUAAAGUGAUUGCAGAGCUAAUGGCCAGUUGCUAGGAUGUUAUUAGAAAUUGAUUUAUGUUCCAUCGGUUAUGUUACCUAAUAUUUACGUAUGUAUCAUCUCAUGAUGUAUCAACCUUUCUGUUUAUGUUUUAAAUAAAAUAAACAAUACAAAAAGUA